UAGCAGAGGGCUAUGAGUCUACAGAUCAACCAGCCCUCAUUAAUCGAUUGAUCAGCCAUCAUUAAUCAAACAAACACAAUGGCUAUCCUGAAGUGCAUCAUGCAGUUAUCCUUGUCAAUACAUUCACCGUCGAAGGAUUCUCCAGCAUGGAUCUAUGGACUCAUUGAUUGAUUGAUUGAUUGAUUGAUCAGCAUCACUCACCGCCGACCAGCAGCGCGGACCCGAAGGCGAACAUGUCAAAAUCACUGAAUCCCUCCGGACUGGAUGUCACAGUGCAGUGGAACAAAUAUAGGGGUGUUUUCCUGCCUAUGACCCAAGAUGCUGGAAAGAGUCUCCAGCCUCCCCAUGACCCUACAUAGGACAAGCGCUUUGGAAAAUUUAUGGAAUCAAUGGAUGGAUGGAUGGAUGGAUAGCAGAGCGAGCAGAAAGUGCUUGAGCGACACAGAGAUGCUGCAUGAAUAAGCGCCUCAGAAGCCCGUCCAGCGCCGCAGCACAGAAGAUGCCCGGCCGCGUGUUCUGGGGUUUUGCGCUGGCGCUGUGUUGCCUUCCGUCUCUCUGCAGCUCCUGUCCUGCCCAAUGCAGCUGCUUCUACCACAAACUGAGCGACGGCUCCAAGUCAAGGAGCGUCCUGUGUAAUGACCCCGACCUCACUGACAUCCCAAACAACUUUCCCUCGGACACCUCCAAACUCCGCAUUGAGAAAACGGCCAUCGGCCGCGUGGCCAGCGAAACCUUUCUUUACCUCAAUAGCCUGGAGUACCUCUGGAUAUCGUUCAACUCGCUUUCCUCCCUCAGUGUGGACAGUUUCCGUGGACUCUAUGCAUUGGAUGAAUUACGGAUGGAUGGGAAUGUUCUCACUUCCUUUCCAUGGGAAUGUUUGACAGACAUGCCCAGCCUUCGGCUUCUGGAUUUGCACAACAAUAAAAUCAGCAGCAUCCCAGCUGAAGCAACCAUUUACAUCAGAAACUUGACUUAUCUGGAUCUGUCCAGCAACAGUCUGGCUACCGUCCCGGCGGAGGUUCUGACUUCAUGGUUCUCUCUGAAACCUCCCCCGGAUACAGAGAAUUCCAAAAUGAUACUGGGUCUUCAUGACAACCCCUGGCAGUGCGACUGUCGUCUGUUUGAUUUGGUGCAGUUUCAGAAGUUUCCUUCCUCCUCGGUGGCGUUCAUCGACACGCGUCUGCGCUGUGCCGAACCGGAGAGCCUGUCGGGAGUCCUCUUUUCCGACAUAGAACUCCGCAAGUGUCAGAUUCCCCGUGUGCACACGGCCGUCGCGAGGGUCCGUAGCUCCAUCGGGAACAAUGUCCUGCUGCGCUGUGGGACCAUCGGAGUGCCCAUCCCGGAGCUGUCCUGGUCCCGGGCCGACGGAAAGCCCAUGAACGGCACUGUUCAACAGGAAGUCUCUAAAGAGGGCAUCAUCUGGUCCAUUCUCAGCGUUCCUGCUGUUUCGUACCGAGAUUCAGGAAAAUAUGUUUGCAGAGCCACUAACUUUGUCGGGAGUGCCGAUGCCAUCAUCUCACUUGUCAUUUCUGAUACAUGGCAAAUCGAUGAAGCGGUCGCCAAAAGAAGCCACGGAAAGAAGAACGGUGGAUUUGGUCGUGCGGCAUAUCAAGAGAAGCUCGUCGCCAGAUAUGUGCCGCCCGCCACAUCAGCCGCUGUGCCCAUUAUUGAGCCUCUGAACGGACCGAAAGACAUGGCGUCCAUCAAGAUCGAAAGCUACAGCGUUUCCGACGAUGUUUCAAAAGCGAAGGCCUCAGCGGCUCCUGCAGCUGCCGCAGAAACUGACAGUGGUGUCGGCGAGCUUCAGAAAGAUGUGUUGAGUAACCUUGAGGCCAAUGCUUCUUCUCUGCAGCAGGGCCCGGAGCGCAGAGUGGUUCGAUCGGUCAAAGUGAUCGGCGACACCGACCACACAGUGUCACUAAACUGGCGAGCGCCCACCGCGACCAACACCACGUCCUUCAGCGUUCUGUACGCUGUCUUCGGUGAGCGAGAUAUGCGGCGCAUUAAUGUUGGGCCGGGCAAGAAUCGCAUCACCAUCGAAGGCCUCGUGCCCAAAACCAAGUACAUAGCGUGUGUGUGUGUGAAAGGCCUCAUCCCUAAGAAAGAGCAGUGUGUGAUCUUCUCCACGGACGAGGCGGCCAGCGCCAGCGGCACGCAGAAGCUCAUUAACGUGGUCGUGAUCACGGUCGCCUGCGUCAUCGCGGUUCCUCUGACCCUCAUCGUCUGCUGCGGGGCGCUGAAGAGGAGGCUGCAGAAACUGCUGGGCCGCAAGUCCAAAGACAUUCAAGACUCGUAUGUGACGUUUGAGACUCUGUCUCCAGGCACCAAAGCUAAAGGCCUGGAGGGUGAAUACCUCAGCAGACUCAACCCCGACGAAUCCAACCGCCUGCUGUCGGCCCGCUCCAGCGUGGACUCGGAGGCCACGGCCCGGAACGAGGGACAACCAAACGAGUACUUCUGCUGACAGACCAGCGCAGGGCCGCGUUCGCCCUGAUCGAGACUCUCAGUUUCAUGUGCUUGAAAACAUGUUGACCUUUCUCAGCCCCGAAAGGGAACAAACCACCUCAAGUUCAGUGUUCAAAAAGGGAAAAUGAUCACGCAAGAAUGAAAUAAUGUCUUUAUUUUUUAUUUUUGUCAUGCACUUUUCCAAUUAAAUGUUUAUCACUGAUGAAUUUAUGUAUAUUGAAUACUGUGCGAUAUCUUUAUACAACACGUAAUACCCAUUUGUCUAAUAUUUAAGAUUUUCUGUUUGGACCGUCAGGAGAGGGUUAGUGAUGCACAUGCUUAAUCAUGUACGUGACUUUUACUUUUUACUUGUUUUUUCUUUAUAAUGAUGUUUUAUUAACACAAUUCAGGAGGAGCAGGUGCAGAUAAUUAACCUAAUUAGCACAAGUGGAAAGCUUUCAGCUAAUCAAUCAACAACAAGAGGUAUAUAUACUGCAGACUCACCUCUGACGGUUCAUCAGCAUCCCUCCACCACCCCAUCUCCUCACUUCUGUUAUUACCACAUCCGGGGGGGGAGUACUCUGGGUUCGGGCCAAAAUGCUGAGCUCGGAGCCCUCGCACUGGACAGCACGCCAAAUACACAUAAUUUACUCUAUUUAAUUAUAUGUAUAUGUGAACUUGUGAACUGUUAUAUUGUCACCCCAAUGUACUGGAGUGAGUGUUUUCCACUUUAACCCUAAAACUUAUAAUCUGUCCUAUCAGGAAUAUGUUGUCUGUAUGUACUAAAAUAUUUGUGUUUAAGAAUAUGACUGAAUAAAACCAUUUUUUUUAUAUA